AUGGCUUCGCGUUCCGUUCGCAUCGCUGGGGCGUCAGGUUCCGCUUCGGAUCGACACUAUGCCAUAGCGGAGUUUGCACGCAACUAUCCCCGAGACCCGGUGGACGUUAUCACCGCCGAUUUCUUGAGCGAGGCCAACAUGUCCGCUGGGGCAGCCCGGCGAGUCGACCAGAUCCGGGCGCGGUAUGAACAGGUGCAACCCGGCCGAGGAUCGGCUACCACUACGCCGGCACCUGCAUACGAGGCGUCAUUUUUGCUUGCCCUCGAGCCGGCCUUGGUGGCCCUUGCCAAGCAUGGGGUCAAACUGGCGGUCAAUGCAGGGAACGCCGAUACGGAGGGCCUCCACGACGCGGUUGUGCAGAUGGUGCAGGCGAAAGGACUAGACCUCAAGUGGCUGCUGUCUUCGAGGGAAUGUGCUCACAUUCGGCUGCAGGUCGCUUGGGUAUCGGGUGACCAGGUCCUGUCGACCGUCCAAGAGGCACUUUCGUCGGGCAAGUCCGACUUCAAGAGCAUCUAUACUGGCCAGCCGUUGUCCGAGUGGCCCUUCGAGCCGAUCUUCGCGCAGUGCUACCUCGGGGGACUGGGGAUUGCAGCCGCGCUAGCCAAUGGCGCCGAUAUCGUCCUGUGCGGACGAGUCUCCGACGCAUCCGCCGUCAUUGGAGCAGCAUACUGGUUCCACGGCUGGCAACGCAGCGACCUCGACCGCCUCGCCAACGCCCUCGUAGCCGGCCACCUGAUCGAAUGCAGCAACUACGUCUGCGGCGGCAACUUCACCGGCUUCAAGAUGCUCGAAUCCCUCGGCCGGGACGGAUGGACCAACAUCGGAUACCCCAUCGCGGAGAUCUCCCCGGAGGGGCAAGUGAUCAUCACGAUGCAAACCUACGCAACCGGGGGCGCCGUUACCGUCGACACCUGCUCCGCGCAGCUGCUGUACGAGAUUCAGGGCCCCCGCUACCUCAACUCGGACGUCACCGCCCUGCUCAGCGACAUCUCCUUCGAGCAACGCGGCACGAACCGGGUGGCCCUGCGCGGCGUGCGGUCCGCACCCCCGCCCCCAACGACCAAGGUGGGCAUCUCCGCGCAUGGGGGGUUCCAAGCCGAGGCGGUUUAUUUCCUGGUCGGGCUGGACAUCGCCGCCAAGGCGCGCAUGCUAGAGGCGCAGAUCCGCCACGUCCUCGCCCCAUACUCCGACGCCUUCACGGCGCUGACCUUCUCGACCCUCGGGUCCGCGCCCGACGACCCGCGCACCCAGGACAGCGCCACCGUGACCUUCCGCAUCGUCGCGCAGGCCCACACCGCCGCCGCCCUCGCGCCCCCCCGCUUCCUGCGGCCCAUCACCGACAACAUCAUGCAAGGCUACCCCGGCGCAACCUGGCACCUCGACACCCGCCAGGGCUUUCCCCGGCCGAUCUUCGAAUACUUCGUCUGUCUCUUGCCGCAGACCGCCGUCCAGCACCGCGUGCACCUGCCCUGGAAGACGGGUGCUGCUGGUGCUGGUCCUCAAACCGUAGACAUCGCCCCUCCUCCCGCCGCGCAAGCGGAACUAGCCCCCACUCCCCCACUCCCUGGCCAUUCCGCUCCCCCCGCGCCCCCCAUCCCCUCAACCACAAACUACGGCCCCACCAUCCGCGGCCCCCUAGGCUGGACCGUCCACGCCCGCUCCGGCGACAAGGGCCCCGACGCCAACUGCGGCUUCUGGGUGCGCCAUGCGGACGAGUUCCAGUGGCUGCGACGGGUGCUGACCGUGUCGACGGUCCAGGAGCUAUUGGGGCCGCAGUACACGUCUACUGACACUGAUACCGCCGCCGCCGGUGCUGCUUCCCUGCGGGUGGAGCGGUUCGAGCUGCCUAAUCUCCGGGCGGUGCAUUUCCUGUUUAGGAACCUGUUGGAUCGCGGGGUGUGCGCGACGGUGACGGUGGACUUUUUGGGGAAGAAUGUCGCCGAGUUCCUGCGGGCGCGGUUUGUGGAUUUGCCGGUGCGGUUCUUGGAGAGGGGGAAGUUGUAG